AUGUCAAUGGAGGUGGUAUAUCAACAACAGCCAUCAGCCAUGUUUUGUAUGGAAGAGCAGUCGAACAAACAACAAGAUAUCACUAUGGUGGAUCAAAAAGAUACAACUACCAUGACAACAAUGGCUGUCGAUGCGGAGGAAGAUGACACUGUUAUUUUUAACAGCAGUGACAGUGACAUUACAUUGACACCCGAGGAUGAUGAGCAACAACAACGACCAUCAUCCCUUGCUGGAGAGUAUCCACCAUCAUUCAAGAAGCGCUUCAAACAAGCUUUACGCAUUUCAGCACCAUCACCAUCACCACCUCCACCAAUGUAUAUCCACAACAAAGCACCUUGCCAUUCAUUACCUAUCAAGGGUAUCCUUAAGCAAAGCAAAAAAGCGGAUGAAUCUGUAACGACAAGCAACGAUGAUCCUUCACUGCUACCAGCAGCAGCAGCAGCAGCAGAGACUCAUGAUGAUACUAGCAAGCCUACCUACACAACAACUUGUGCCAAAACAACAUCCACCAAUUAUACCAAGGCUCGGCGGUACAAGUUUAUCCAUCGAUUUUGGCGACAUCAACCACAACGUCCAAGAGCCAAUGGAGAACCCAAGGUGCGAUACAGCAAAAAGGUUACGGUGCAUCCAACCUAUUCACGCAUCGAGUACAACAGAGAACCCGAUCCAUGUGCAGCUUGCAUCCACCUGACACCUGAAAUAGCCCACGAGAUCAGAAGUGAACUUAAUGUCUUCAAGUGCAAUGAAAUGCAGGUGCAUCCUGCAAGUCGUGUUUAUACCCAUUUCCUUAUUUGA